AAGGAACAGGCAGAACUACGAGAUAAGCUUUUUGAACUCGAAAGACGAAACGAUGCGCUACGAGCGCAACUCAGACAUUCCCAGGCAUCAAUCUGCCCUCCGCCGAUUCAAAAGAAACGAAAGAAUGAUCAAGAGAAUAUCAAUUUGCAGAAAUGCAACGGUAAGCGGGCAAGGUUGAAGCAGCCCACUUGUCAGGAUAUCAAUUCUGGACCAUUGGAUAGUGGACCUCAGACCGUGGGAGAUCCCAAUGAUCCCGCAUUCGCUGAAGAGCUUAACACUGUACCACAAGGCACAACCGUCUUGAGUCAUUUUUACACUAUGACCCGGCUUCAACAACGGCGAAAAAUGGAUGUUUCUGAGCUGUGUAUGGCGACUUGUGCCCUUUGUUCAGCAAUAGAGGUUUUCACUGCGUCAUCAGUGUUACAAUUAAAUGGACGGCCUGAAAUUGUAGCUGCUUUUCGCAAUCAACAGGCCCGUUCUGCCAAAAAAGCAAUAAUUUCAGCAACAUUCAACGCAAAGCGAAUGGAAGAUACUGAGACAGCUUUCCGAUGUUUGUAUCGAAUGGUGCCAAACAUAUUAAAAUCCUUGGACAAAAUUGGAGAGAAUCCAGAUGGAGCGCAUCAGGGCGGACAGGUUGCCCAUGCUCUCAUCCAUUUGUUCAGCAAAUUCCUCGAUUACAUCCAUUCCGUCUCACUUACUCAGGCCGAACAAGCCAAGAAAAAGAAGACGGCGAGACGGAAAACGCAAAAUGCGGAACAGUGCCCCCAUAAUCAAAAUGGCAUAAGUAGCAAAGAUGACUUUCAAGGUCAAAUAUCUCAUUUUUUGGUGAUACUCUUUUCGUGCUUGGACAUGAAAAGGUCUUUGCAUUCGCAGCUUCUCGAAGGACUUGCAUUUGUGCUCCUGAGUCGCGUCGGAAAGCUACUGUGUACAUUUGUUUUUGAUGAAGAGUAUGAUCGGGAUCAUCAAAGUGAAAAGACCUCACCUCGACCUCAUAUCAACGGGAAGAACAAGUCUCAAGCAGAAAUCGAAAACCUUGCUCGACAAAAGGAUGCUUAUUAUCUAGUAGUAUUAUUGAAGCAAAUUUUGCCUCUACUUGGCUGCCAGUCAGAGGACGUAACGCAUCAAUCUUCUAGAGGGAUCCUUGUGCAAAACGCUCAACGACGGCUCCAGAGUACCUUGGUCAAUGCUAUCUUUGGCAGCGGUCACGAGGCAUUUCAAGAUUGUUUUCGGCUUCCUGCACUUCCAAAGCCCGCUUCGAGCAUCAACACUCCUGGAUCAGUGAUCUAUGAUGGCACGGAGUGGUUUCAACAGGAGAUUUGGAGCCUUGUUGGAUGGCAAAUACUCUGCGAACUAGACGACGACGAGGACGAAACAGGGCACUCGGCAAAACACUGUGAAUCGCUUUCGAAAAUUUGAUAUUUUAAUAAAUUCAUAAACGAAGAGUCCUCUUACUGGAGAUGAGUGGAGACUCCGUCUACAGAAGGGUUGGCUUUUUUUCUAUUGUUGUCUUGAAUAAGGGCAAUGAAUUGCUCGCAAUAGCAAGACACCUAACGACAGCAACAACUUGGAUUUUAGUAGCUGAGUGUUGCAGCUAAUCGCUGCGCCAGAUAUUCCCCAGCAUACACGCCAGGAUACUUUUUCCCUUCCUUUUCAAAAGUGCCGGGAAUAGCUUCGAUAUAUUUGCUGGCGCCAGGAUUGCA